UGCGUGUCAACAGUGAUGGAAGUCUACAGUCCAGGUGGAAUGGACACGUUCCCGAAGUGUUCCGUCUGUCAUCAGGAGUUUACACUGAAAGGUCCAGUCCCCUACUUACUGCCCUGUCUACACGCCGUGUGUGAGAAGUGUGUGACAUCUGCAGCUGGCGGUGUGAUAUCAUGCUCCACAUGUCAGAGGGAGGUCAACCUCACAGACACAAGUCUCCAGAAGGAUGCAGUCAGACAGAAGGAAAUAUUCUACCUGACCGUCAAACAACGCCCCACAGAGCUCCUCUGUACAUAUGAAGAUGACGGGAACCAGGCUGUGUGUUGGUGUCAGGAGUGUGAAGAGUUCCUCUGUCAAUACAGCCAGAACAUGCACAGCAGCGUCAAACUUUUCAGAAAUCAUGCUGUGCACAAGUUUGGGGAUAUAACCCACAAAAACCUUGAAAAUGAAACCAAUUGCAGUAUUCACGAACGGUAUCCACUUGAUUUGUUUGACAAAAACUGCGACAUGUGUAUCUGUUGCCAAUGUAGGAGAGGAGAGCAUGGGGAUCACGAGGUUGAUUACCUGGAUGAAGCUGCUGAAAGAGUUACACAGCGUAUUGAACAACACGGCAAAGAUCUGUCAGCGUUACUGUCUCGUCAGCAAACACACCUUCAGAGUAUCAGACAAGAAACACAGUUGAUCAACAGGACACAGGACACAUUGAGGAAGACAAUAGAACAUACUUUCCGGUCUUUAAGAUCACACCUUGACCAAAGGGAGAAGGAACUCCUGAUUGAUCUUGAAAGUCAGACGAGGGAAACCAAGGCAACUCUACAUGCUUUUGAAACCUCACGCGAAGAGCAUCAUGCAAGAUGCACCGACAUUUCCGGUUAUAUCCGAAAAUGUCUUCUCUAUGCUUCAAAAUCGGUCCUCCUGCAGCUGGAGAACACUGUUGAGGGGAUGACUCGGACCUGCCUAGAAACUGCUUCACCUGAAACACAUGAUGUACCUGAAGCUGUCUUCAACACCAAUGGAUUGUCCAAACUGAAAUCAGAUAUGUCUGGAUUUGGUAACAUCACUACCUUGAAAGAAGAUUCAGAAGGGGGAACACCUGAGGACAAGCAAACACAAACUGAUGAUGACUAUUUGGCGGACCUGGAACAGAAACACGAAAUGGAGCUUGCAAAGCUGGAGUCAAAUAUUGCUUCACACAAUGAAAGAACUGAACAACUUCAGCAGCUAACAGACAAGCUGAAUGCCGAAGCAAACAACAUGAAAUUGGAGCUUGCAAAGCUGGAGUCAAAUAUUGCUUCACACAGUGAAAGAAGUGAACGACUUCAGCAUCUAACAGACAAGCUGAAUGCCGAAGCAAACAACAUGAAAUUGAUGCUAGCUGAGAAAGAUCAAACCUGCCAGGUCGCCUUAGAAACAAUUAAUCGUCUACAAACAUCCUUGAUAGGGUUCCAAACUGAAGGCUGUGUUCAUCUGCUGAAGAAACGUGUAGUAGACAGACGUAUGGUCCUGAAUUGUUUACACCUAAAGUAUGACAAAGACAGAGUCAAUCUGGCCGAAGUCCACAUCAACACAGAAGGAGACCUGGUCAACAUAGGGUCGGGCACCAGACCUGCAGGGGAGAGGAGACUGAAGAAGUACUGGGGCACAUGUAGCACUGCCCCCAUCCCCCGGGCAGGCUGUCUCCAGUACUGGGAGAUGAAAUCUAGGGUCAGCGUGGAUGAAACACUCAGAGUGUACACGCUCAUCCUGGAGGUUGGUGUGUGCAGGGAGGAGCAGAGGGACGUGUGUCCUUGGCUAGGUGGAAGUCCCGGCUCCUAUAGCAUGACCGUCUCCCACUGUCCUACACACGGCGGGAUAUGCAGGAGGACACGGAAGGAGGGGAAGUAUGUGCUGUGUCUGCCUGACACUCUCCCCAACACAGCAGGGACAUCACACACACUGCAUUACGGUGUUGUCUAUGAUGACGCCAGGAAGAAGAUUGUCUUCAUUGAUGUGAAGGAGAAUAAAGUGAUAUCGACGGUAGACAAUGUUGACUCUAGUCAGCCACUGUGGCCGAUGUUCGGGGUGUAUAACGAACCUGGCCUCACUGUCAGCAUGACACUUGUAGUGGGCAGCGACAUCAACAUGACAGAGGAGAAGAAAGCAAUGAUUGUCAAGGCACUGUCGCGAUGGUGGCAAUGAUUGUCAAGGCACUGCCGUGAUGGUGGCAAUGAUUGUCAAGGCACUGUCGUGAUGGUGACAAUGAUAGUCAAGGCACUUUCGUCAUUGUGACAAUGAUUGUCAAGGCACUGUUGUGAUGGUGACAAUGAUUGUCAAGGCACUGCCGUGAUGGUGACAAUGAUUGUCAAGGCAAUGUUGUGAU